GUGUCUCGGGCGUGAGCGAGCGGCUGGUGGGCGCGCCCGCUGCGUCGUUGCGGAGGCUUCAAGAUGGCGGAAGCCCUGACAACUCAGGAGCAGCUGGCUGUCGAGGAGUUCCUGAGUGAAGUGCGUAGCAGGGAGCAGCCUCACAGUGCUGGGCUUGUCUCCCAACCUACAGCUGUAAAGUUUCUUAUGGCCCGCAAAUUUGACGUAUCCAGAGCUAUCGACCUCUUCCAAGCCUACAAGAACACAAGAAUCAAAGAGGGCAUCAUCAAUAUCAACCCUGACGAGGAGCCCCUUCGCUCUGAGCUGCUUAAUGGCAAAUUUACAGUCCUGCCUGGCCGUGAUGCCAAAGGUGCUGCUUUAGCGCUCUUCACUGCUCGUCUCCAUCGGCCAGACGUCACCACCCACAAAGCUGUGCUUCAGGCCAUCAUCUAUCAGCUGGAUAAAGCCAUAGAGAGUGUACAAACUCAAAAAGAUGGACUCAUAUUUAUCUACGACAUGACCAACUCCAGCUAUGGUAAUUUUGAUUAUGAGCUCUGUGUCAAGAUCCUCAAUUUGCUCAAGGGGGCAUUUCCAGCUCGUCUAAAAUGUGUCUUCAUUGUGUCAUCACCUCUUUGGUUUCGAGCACCUUUCGCGGUCCUUCGCCUAUUUGUGCGUGAGAAGCUGAGAGAAAGGGUGUGCACGGUGAAAGCUCACGAGUUGGCCAGUCACAUCCCAGUCUCCUCCCUUCCUGAACACCUGGGUGGGACAUCCCAGUAUAGCCAUGUGGCUUGGAUCCAGUCCUGUGUUAACAUUCAAACAAACACUGAUCAGGGUGACACACAAGAGCAUGACACGCAUGACUGUGUGGGAAGCCUGCUACGCUCCUACAGCUUGGAUUGCAGCAACACGAGCGCAGGCGCUACACUUUCCCACACCCAUAUAAAUACACAGUUAGGUUCUGAGCUAGCUGUGGCUAACUCUAACUGCUAUGAUGAUAAUAAUGCUAACCCACACAACCACUGCAGUGUGGUGGAGGGCAGGACUCGAGGCCUUGGCCAGUACCAGCAGAGCCCACAUUCUGCUGCCAACAACAGGCUGCAGGGGAACCACCAACACUGGAACGGCUCAGCUGUGAGUGAAGCCAACAUGGCUGUAAGUGGCUCAAGCCCCAAUGCUAACGUGAAUGGUCGUGCCCGCCAAGCUCCUCCCCAGUCAGACACGCCUCCUGACACACCGCUUUCCCAGAAAGGUGAUGGGGAUGCGGGGGACUGCAAAGCAACAGACUCUGCCCAUAGGCCUCAGAAUGAGGGUGUGAAAGAGGAGGAGGAGGAGGAGGAGGAGGAGGAGGAAGAGGAAGGGGUGCCCCCGCUGCCCCAGAAAUCUCUGCCUCGACCAGCGCAGCCGCCUUCCUCUCAAUCGGCCCUGUCCUCGUCGUGCGUACUCGAUGAUGAGGAGCGCUGCAUGGAGGUGUCUGUUCACGUGCCCGAGCAGGGAGGCAUGUCGGUGCACGAGCUGGUGGAUCAUGUGAAGAGGAGGAAGAAAAAAGGGAUCUAUCAGGAGUACGAGGAGAUCCGCAAGGAGCCACCAUCAGGCACCUUUGACUACUCCAAGAAAUUAUCCAAUCAGAUAAAGAACAGGUACAGUGAUGUUCUCUGCCUGGACCAGUCACGAGUGCGACUCUGCGAGCUCUCUGAUGACGAGGACGAGACAUCAGAUUAUAUUAAUGCCAGUUUCAUGGAUGGGUACAAGAGGAGCAACGCCUACAUUGCAACUCAGGGUCCUUUGCCCAAAACGUUUGGUGAUUUCUGGCGCAUGGUGUGGGAACAGAUGGUACUUCUCAUUGUCAUGACGACCAGGGUGGUGGAGCGAGGAAGGGUAAAGUGUGGUCAGUACUGGCCUCUGGAGGAGGGCAGGACUGAGCAGCAUGGAUACUUCUUGGUCAGGAACACAUACAUCCAGGUGUUCCAGGACUUCAAACUCUCCCUUCUUGAACUCUACAACACACAGUCUGGAGAGAGACGGGAGGUGUGCCACUACCUCUACGUCAGCUGGCCCGACUUCGGCGUGCCCAAGAGUGCUUCUGCUAUGCUGGACUUCCGUGAGCAAGUUCUUCAAAGGAGGGACGCUGCAGUUCAAAGCCUGGGGUCCAGUUGGACGGGACCUCCAGGAGGCCCCCCUGUCAUUGUGCACUGCAGUGCUGGCAUUGGCCGCACAGGUACAUUCUGUACACUGGACAUCUGCCUGUCCCGACUUGAGGACAUCGGCACAGUAGAUGUCCGUCAGACAGUGCGGCGGAUGCGUACACAGCGGGCUUUCAGCAUCCAGACCUGGGACCAGUACUAUUUCUGCUACACGGCAGUUAUUGAGUAUGCCCAGCGACACGGGAAACUGAGCCCAGUGCAGUGGUCCGACUCAGACAUAGAGACUGACAGCGAAUGAGGGACACGUGCAGGUAUAACUUGACGAAUGGGACGACGAACCUAAACUGAAGUCAUAGGAAAGAAAAGACAGAGGAAUGACAUUUCAGAGUGGAGGAGGAAGAUGACUCUUCUGCAAUAAGAGAGAAGAGACAAAGGAUGGAAAUCUUUUGGCUUGUUUUGGCUCUUGAUGUAAUGAUGCAGACCCCCACAGUUGCGCUUCCUUUACAUGAGUGGAUACACAGGAGGUUGAAGAGCUGUGGGGAAAAAAUCCCAGGGAGUGUGCGUUGCAUCGCGGAUUGAGCAAGCUGUCCUGCCAAUUUCCAAGCCCCUUUAUAUUUAGCAAACUACAUGGGGACUUGGCUUACCCUGAACCUGUCUUGUUGACAAGAGUGUUGUACGAGUUGUAGCAUUUUUAUAUUGACUUGCACAUGAGGAAUAACAAACUUGAACUUUACCCUUUGAACCCCUCCAUAUCCCAGUUGUUUUCCUAUUUGUAAUUCAUGUUCCUUUUCAACCCUAAACAAGUCUUUGAUCACGGAUUAAUUGUGAGGUGUAUGAAAAAGGUCAAACUUGAAAACGUUUUUCUUUUGUUUUUUCUUUUCAGAGGAAAUGGUUCUGCGUGAGCAAAUGGCCAUAAGUGAUGGCAGAUCAGUGUGUGAGCCACUUAGGUCAUUUGUGUUUUCCUUUUUAAUUUCCAUGUCCUUUUUUUCUAUGGUGCAUUUUCUACAUAUGUUUCAUGUUUGUGCAUAUGUAGACUAACUUUUCAAAGCCAAAGUCCUCACCCUGAAUGCUUGGAUGUACUCCUUGGUGAAAUAUUAUUGACUGAAGCCCAUGUAUAUUCUUGUAACAUACAUUUAUACAUCAGUAUGCAUUUUAACAGCCUCUGAAAGAAGAGCAAAAAAAAAAAAACGCUUAAUAUAAUUGACUUAACCUCAAGAAGAAAUAUCUAUGUAGCGAGCCAGGCUAUGACAAAAUAUUGAAAAGAGUUCUGGUUAUAAAACUGAUAUCAUAAUGCAAAUCUGUGAUUUGUCAGGUCUAACAUCAUUUUACUGUCGGAGUGUACUGAUCGGACGAUCUCAAGUAAUUUGGCCUUAACUUGAUUCACUGCCUCGUCGUUCUCAGACCUAAACCACACCUGGAGCUGUAAACUGUUUUAUUUCCCCCCUUUUUUUCCUUUUAGAACCGUACUCCCUUGAUACCACAACUGUUGUGUUGGGUUCUCGAGGCAUAUUCUGCCGGAGAUAAUUGUGCCUUCAAGUUUUCCUUAGCUAAAUGUCUCGCUAGUAUAGUAAUAACACCCAAAACUAGUGCACUUGCAUUGUAUACGUUGACUAUGUGCCACACAGGACACCCACAUUUUGCCUAUAGUCCUGUACAUAGUACACUACUUAUGAAUAACAUAAGAGCGGUGAGUUGUCUGGGACGAAGCUCUGGUUUGAGACAUGGCUAUUGUUUUAUCAUUUGACCUCAGGGGGUAAUUCUAGUGUUUUUUGCCUAGUGUCACAGAUCCGUUUCUGGGUUUGCCUCUGGUAAAUUAUCAUUUAAGAGGAGAAAAAAAAAAUUAUAUCAACUUUAUUUUGUAUUUUUUACUGUAUUGUAUCCUACAAUAUUUAUGUCUUUGUAAAACUUCUAUAAUAUUGAAAUCCGUGAAUGUUGGUACGAUGCUACAAAGAAAACAAACCAGUUACUGCAUUUGAUAAGCUGAACAAAUCAUGGGGAGUGAAAUAUAUUUUUUGUUGCUCACAAUGAAACUUAAGUGGGAAAAGUCAUUUUCCAUUGUAUUUUCAGAACUGACUUGUAUAAAUGGUGAUUGUUCAAUUCUUGGACAAUAGGGGGGGUCAGGUUUUCACUUCAGAGAGCUUAUUGUUCUACUCCUCAGUAACGGUAACGUUAACGUUUUACUGUCUGGUACCCAAUGCCAAGGACAAAGCAAAAAAAAAAAAGGCUAUAAAAGAAGUGGCUAAUAAUUUCUGUUCCCUGAAAACCCUGCCUGGCUUCAGUGAGAAACAGAAAAACAUAUUUUGAAAGGGUUAAGGAUUAUCAGCAUGGUCAGAGAGCCUUGAAUGUUUUCGGGGUAAUGGUGUCCAAGCAGUUUUGUCAAGACAGACACGGAUAUAUUUGGUGAAUGUGGACCCUGCAUCCCUCAAUGCCAAAGGCCCAGGCUCCACCCUGAAGAUGUUUUCCUGUCACAUAUCCUCAACUGCACCUAUCGGUGCAUCCACGGGCAGACUCUGGAGCAACAGCGAACAUUACUGAAGAUUAUGUAUAGCUACAAACUAGGAGUGUGUAUGUAAAACGAGUUUUGGUCCCCGUGCUGUUUUAAAUUUUUUUUAUGAGAAACCCGAGAAUGCAAUGUGCAUUUGUCAUUGGUGUUGAUUUAAUGUUUCUUUUUGUGAUCUUAAGUUCUCGUGAUUGAAUUACGGCCUUUUACACGCUGUCGGUCUGGCUGUCCCCAUUAAAGCAAUGGUAUUACUAUCUUCA